AUGGUCAACAGGGUCAACAAGUUUAGUCAUCCUCAAUCUCUAAAAGACAACAUGGCUCUCUCACAAGCCGCUGCCGGCCUCGAGAAGGUCCUCGGUCACACUGGCGACGCCACAACCGAACAGAAUCUGACAAACCCGUCAAAAGAUCCUGGCAAAUAUGCCGACCCUUCAGGCGAGAAGAUGAAGGCCUUGAUCUGGAAUGGCAAGAACUCGGUCAAAGUGGUUGAGACCUUCAAGCCCGCGAGGAUCGAAGAUACAGACGUCAUUGUCAAGGUGACGGGUUCGACUAUUUGCGGCUCCGACCUGCAUUUGUACCACGGCUCUGUCAUCGAACUCCAAAAAGGAGAUAUCCUGGGCCACGAAUUCUGUGGCGUGGUCGACAGCGUCGGCCCGAGUAUCUCAAAGGUCAAGGCUGGCGACCGUGUCGUGUGUAGUUUCCAGAUCGCCUGUGGAAGCUGCAUGUACUGCCAGAAGAAGUUGAGCAGCCAAUGUGAAAAGACGAACGAUAACACUAUUGAGAAUGCUAUGUAUGGCGGCCGCACUGCUGGUAUGUUGGGCUACUCGCAUUUCACUGGCGGAUAUGCUGGUGGUCAAGCCGAGUACGUGCGGGUUGCAUACGGAGACGUCAAUCUGCUUAAGUUGCCAGACAAUGUCCCGGAUGAAAAGGGUCUAUACUUGAGUGAUGUCCUAAGCACUUCUUGGAAUGCAGUGGUUGAUACGGGCGUUAAGGAAGGUGAUGUUGUUGCCAUUUGGGGAGCUGGUCCCAUUGGACAGAUGUGCGCCAUUAUGAGUUUCAUGAAUGGCGCCCGCCGAGUCAUUCUCAUUGACGGUGGUGCUGCAGCGUGGCGGCUCGACUAUGCCAAGAGCAAGUUGCCCAAGCUUGAGACAAUUAACUUCACCGAUCUGCCUAAAGGGGAGAGCAUCACCUCUGUUUUAAAGAAGAUGGAGCAUGGUGGACCUGAUGUUGCCCUCGAGUGUGCUGCUGGCGAGUACGCGAAGGGCUGGGCCCAUUACUUUGAAAUCCUGCUUGGUGCGGAGACUGAUACCUCAGAAAUCCUUAAUGAGUGUAUUACCAGCGUCAAGAACUUUGGUCGUGUUGGCAUCACUGGAGUUUACGUCGGAUUCACAAACCACUUCAACAUCGGCAGUGUCAUGGAACGUGGAAUCCGGCUCAUCGGUAAUGGUCAGGCACCAGUCCAUUUGUACUGGGAAGAUUUGUUGAAAAAGAUUGAGGAUGGUUCUCUGGAUCCUUACCAGAUGCUGUCGCAUCGCGUGCGUCUUGAAGAGAUGGAAGAAUUGUAUCGCAGAUUUGAUGCUCGGGAAGAGGGACUGCAAAAGGUCUUUGUUGAGACCAAAUUCAGUGCUCCACCCGCAAAGGGUACUCCGCAAUUGACAAAGUAUGGUACUGCAACGUGGUGA